GAGUCACGGGUGACCGCCGGCGCAGGCGGGUGCGUCGCGGCGGACCCGUGGGGCUUGGAGCGCCGGGGCGACGAUAUCGCGGAGCUGCAGCCAGGCGUCAACUCGGCGGACGUGCACAAGCAGCGGCACGUCUGGCUGAUGCGAGAGGCGUGCAGGUAUUGCCAGACCUACGACGCCUUCUGCCGGAUAUCCAUGAGUGCAGUUGGCCGCACCCAUGGGGGCCUUGGUCGGCAUGUGCGCGUUCGGGGUGAUCGCCCUGCUCCUGAUGCGCCACGACAUGGCGGACCACCGUGCAGGAGACGCUGGUGUCGACGUGCCUCCUGGUCUCUGGAGAGGUGAUCUGCUUCGUGGUGGUCCUCGCGUGCUUCGGCAACGGCGGGGAUCCAGGCUGUGUCGGAUAUCUCAUGCCCGUCGCCCUCGCGUCCAAGGCCACGUGGUUGAUGUACUACCUCACGCUGUUCCGCGUGACGGAGAGCGAGACCGGCACGUUUCUGCCGCGAGCGUUUGCAGCGGUGCUCUACCUCGAC